UGCACCAUGUGUUCUGUUGUGUUUUGGUUUCGUGCAUGUUUACUGACUCAGUGGCUUUAACAAAAUUCCACUCUUAAAUAUAUUUUCAUUUGUAUUUUAAUUAAAAGCGCAACAAUAAUGAAAUUUAGAAAUAUUUACACAUCGGUUGGCUGCAAUCGGCGAACUGAAGCUGCAGAUUGGGGUAAUAAUGGCUUCAUCAUAUUUGGUGCUUCACACGCAGUGGCGAUAUGUGAUCCGAAUUAUCAAGGAUGUACCACAAAAGUAAUUCACACCUACAGAAAACAUAAAAAGAUCGUUAAUACUGUGCAGUGGCUGCGUGAGAGUUGGCAAGCAAAGGAAACAUAUUUCCUAUCUGGCGGUGGCGAUGGCUUGGCAAUUCUAUGGCAUAUGGAAAACAUUGCAGACGAGCCGAAAUGUUAUUUGCUGGAAGGACAUGAGAGCAGUGUGAAUGCUGUAACAGGUGUGAAAAGGCAAGGAUCGAGUUGGUUAUUGGGAACUGCCUCCAGUGACUCAACCAUAAAAUUAUGGAAUUUCGACGGAACACAAUGUGCAUGCUUGCAAACGAUACUCUUAUCUACUGGUUUCUGUUUCUCUUUGCGUCUGACACUAUUACCCAAAUCGGAACAAGCGCUGCUAGCUUUCAGCAGUGAUAACGCAAAAGUUUCUUUAUGGGCUGAACAACUGCCGGUGGAUGAAAAAUUGCAAUUUAAACCCGUGCAUCAACUGAUUGGACAUGAAGAUUGGGUACGUGGCUUGGACUUUGUAUAUGAUGGUAAUGAUCUACUGCUUGCCAGCUCUUCACAGGAUAAUUUUAUACGUCUAUGGCGCAUAGCGCCGCGCACUGAAUCGCAAGUGCAAGAGAACAAAGUGGAUAUAUUUAAUUUGAUGAGUGAAGAUUCUGGCGAAAUAAAGGUUGAGGAGAAAAUUCUACAAUUGGCAGAAAACUCUUGGUUUGCCUUUAGCUUGGAAUCGGUGCUGUAUGGGCAUGAGGGCUGGGUUUGCGGUGUGCAUUGGCAUAAAACUGCUGAACAAGAACUACUUUUGCUCUCGGCUUCCAUUGACAAAACAUUAAUUAUUUGGGCACCUACUGAGGAUGGUGUGUGGAUGGAGAAAGUACGCUGUGGUGACGUGGGUGGUAACUCACUUGGUUUUUAUGGUGCCAAGUUUGGAGGUGAUGGUAAAUCCAUCAUAGGCCAUAGCUUUCAUGGAGCGUUUCACAAAUGGUCCCAAUCACCAGAAAAUGAUAACAUGUGGCUGCCAAGUGUUAUUGUGGGUGGACAUUUCGGUGAAGUGCGGGAUAUAGAUUGGGAACCGAGCGGAGCUUACCUUAUGUCCGUAUCAGCGGAUCAGACAACACGCAUACACGCACCAUGGCAACGGGAUGAUAAUGCAACAAAUGUCACUUGGCAUGAGCUCGCCAGGCCACAGGUGCAUGGCUAUGAUAUGCAAGCCGUGACUAUUUUAUCACGUUAUAAAUUUGCCAGUUGCGGUGAGGAAAAAAUUGUACGAACUUUCCAAGCGCCUGCUAACUUCAUAGAAAACUUCAGACAUAUUACACGCUGCACGGAUGACAAGGAAGGCGAGACCUUAUUAUCAAGUUUGCCUAAGGGUGCCUCAGUACCAUCUUUGGGACUCUCUAACAAAGCAGUGUAUGAAACAGAAAAUCCAACCGAGAAAAGACAUGUGAAGGAUGAAUACCCAGAAAACUACUUCGUGCCCGUCAGUUUCGAGCAGCCACCACAAGAAGAAACCCUCAUGCAAAACACACUCUGGCCUGAAACUCAAAAACUCUACGGACAUGGAUAUGAAAUAUACGCACUAACUAGUACGCCAGAUAAUCGUAUUAUCGCUUCCUCCUGUCGCGCAACAAAUACUGAACAUGCGGGAAUCAUUCUAUGGAAUGCAGAGACUUGGAAAAAAAUACAAAAUCUACCCGCACAUAACCUUACGGUCACUCAAUUGCGUUUCUCCCCCGAGGGACGUUAUUUACUAUCAGUAUCUCGCGAUAGGCGCUGGUCACUUUUUGAGCGUCACAACCGUCCUGAAGAAGCUUUGCCAGUGUACACGUUAACCGCGCAAACGGACAAAACUAAUGGCGUACACACACGAAUUAUUUGGUCCUGCGAUUGGUCACAUGAUGAGAAGUAUUUCGUCACAACUUCGCGUGAGGGAAAAGCAGUUAUAUGGACCAAAUCCGAGCCUAAAACGGAACAAAAUCAAGAAAGUAGUCUCAACAGCUGGAAGGCUUUGGAUAUCUUAGAGCAUAAAAAUGCGUCUAUAACUGCAGUUGCUUUUGGUAAAAGAAAGUUAACUGACAACGCCUACGCAGUGGCAAUUGGAUUCGAAUCUGGGUUAAUUAAAGUGUAUAAGUAUGACACCACUUGGACGCUUUUACUAGAACUAAAUAAUUCCGAUGCUCAUCACUCUACAGUGAAACGCUUACACUUCAGGCCACAGAAUGUUGGAACAUCCAAUGAGCACAACAAAAAUGUGUUUCAUUUGGCAAGCUGUGGUGAUGAUAAUAUUGUCAAAAUAUAUGAAAUAAAUUUUGAAAAAUAA